AUGGAGACUGACAAACCGGUGUUGUGUGAGAGCCUGGUUAUAUGGGUGAGUAUGUCAGUGAUGUCCUCAGUUCUUUCAGAGAGCACUCUAAAAAGCGUCUUAUUGCAUGAAUGUUUACUGUCUUACCAAUGACGGUAUCGUUUACCUAUGGCAGGUAGGUUAUGGUUUGCCAAUUCAUAGAUGCUAACCUUUAGGGGUUUAAAAGCCACGACGCUUGCAACUUUGAUGGGCCACGACGCUUGCAACUUUGAUGGGGGUGGGGGCCACAAAAAAUCUGAAGUCAUCAUGAGGGGCUGCAGUGGCUCACUGGUCUGCUUACCCACAUCCAUACACACACAUGCAGUCAGAGCAGGUCCUAGUCUUUUGGGGGCCCUAAGUGAAAUGUUGCAAGCCAAACAUUUUAGCAGCCCCCCUCUUGACAGCAGAGAAAGAAAAAAAACGUUUUAGAGUUAAUUUCCUGCAAUUCAUGCCAUGGGAUGUAGAGAAAUAUUUGCAGUUUUUAAUAUGAUAGCUGAGUGUGACUUAACAAAAUCAGUCGGUAAUUUGACCAUGAUUACUACAAGUUUACACAGCUGGCUAGACUAAUUUACCAAUCUAAAAAAUGUUAGGUGACAUGGGCAAAUUGAGUGACUGUCAUUGACUGACAUAACAAGAGGAAAAACUGCUGAUGCACAACAACAUUUCCUAAUUGCACCUUGUGUAUUCUGCUAUUCUAAUUUUCAAAAAACGAAAGGUUAAAUUACUACACACCUUUUUAUAGGGUUAUGGUUAGUGUUCCCACAUGGCCAUAUCUCCAUGUUACAGCACUUGUUGACAGAAGACAGAGGCAACCACCUGUGUUAAUUAGCUAUCUAGCUAACUGGGGAGGAAGUGUUGUUUUUUCAAUUGGAGGUACACUGCUUAUGGAUCUGUGCAAAUCUGCUACAGUAAGUGUAUCUUUUUUAUUUGAAUAAUUAUUUAUUGCUGAUAUGAAAGAUAAGGGACAUACGUUUCGAAAACCGUUUUACAAGUGAUAAUUAUUGACGUUUCUAAACGUUAAAACACAGCGUCGGAAUUGUAGUUCACAUGGAGCUAGCCGUGGGCGAAUGUAACAGCUGAAAACCCAACAGAGAGAAUGGUUGUUGAGAGCUAGGUCAGUGUCGGGACUGAAGGAAUCAGGAAAUGGGCCACUUGUGUCGAUUUGGAAACCCACCUGUUCUCUCCUAUUUAUAAUAAUGUGCAGUAACCUAAUGUUCACGUAUUGAUAAACCAUUGUCGAUAUGGUAAAAAAAAAAAUCACACCUAUUCCCAAUUUAACCCGCCAAGACAAUGUGCUUUAGGACUUUGGUACCCAGCCAGGCGCUAAUGCUUCUCUCUCCUCACUGAAGGAAUGACAAAUGGAUGAAUGGGCGAUAAUUGUGCACCUUAACUCACAAUUUCAUUUAAAUUAGGCCUAACUGAAUGAUAAGGAGGGAGAAUAGGUUUAUUUGAUUUAGAAAGACAAUAGUGUAAUGAUGAGUUUGUUAUGCCUAUUUACAGAAAAUAAUUUGACCGCGCGCCAUGUGGGUUGAUACCAUUCUCUUUUACAUUUUACUUUAUAUAAAGAAUAUGUUAUGGAACUAUUUUAUUUACUAUAACUCUAUUACUAAUCAAAUUUACUGUAAGGGAAACGUAAACAUACUACAUGUUGCAGUAGGCCUUUAGAAUAAUGCAAAACAUAUCCUUGACGCUAUCCAAGUUGAUGAGCGGAAAACAAACGAUGCUAGUCAGCCUGCACAGCUGGCCCAUUGAAACUACACCAAAACUAAUUUCACACAUAAUAAGAGUUAGCCUAUAGACAAGAUUAAAUUGACAAUAAUCUGAUGAGUGACAAUAUUAGGCUUAUCAGUUGUCAAAUUGUACAUGAAGAGAUGGGCUCAUCUUAUAAUUGACAGAUGCAGGGAAAGGAGCAUCACUUUAUCAAAUCCUCCUUUAGUCACAAGCAGGUAAAACAUUUGGAUUUCUAUAUAGUAUCAGAAAGAGCAUAUUCUGCAGUUUCUAUGACACGUACUUUUGUCAAAUAACUCAAAAUUCAAGAGGUGCAGGUCUAUUUCCAAAUUCAACUUUUUCCAAGAAUAUCCGUGCUGUCCAAUGCCCUGAAUCUAUUUUACAACGCCCGGAAAUCGGCCCCUUUUUUUCUCUGUACCCAACGCACUAGAAGACCAGUUCUUAAAGCCUUUAGCCGUAUCCUUAUUCUACUCCUCCUUUGUUCCUCUGGUGAUGUAGAGGUUAACCCAGACCCUGUAGCUCCCAGUAUCACUCCUGCUCCCCAGGCGCUAUCAUUUGUUGACUUCUGUAACCGCAAAAGCCUUGGUUUCUUGCAUGUUAACAUCAGAAGCCUCCUCCCUAAGUUUGAGUUAUUCACUGCGUUAGCACACGCCGCCAACCCUAAUGUUCUAGCAGUGUCUGAAUCCUGGCUUAGGAAGGCCACCAAAGAUUCUGAAAUGUCCAUUCCCAACUACAACAUUUUCCAUCUAGAUAGAACUGCCAAAGGGGACGGAGUUGCAAUCUACUGUAGAGAUAACCUGCAGAGCUCUAUCAUACUAUCCAGGUCCGUGCCCAAACAGUUUGAGCUUCUACUUCUAAAAAUCCACCUUUCCAGAAAUAAGUCUCUCACUGUUGCCGCUUGCUACAGAUCCCCCUCAGCCCCCAGCUGUGCCCUGAACACCAUAUGUGAAUUGAUUGCCCCCCAUCUAUCCUCAGAGUUCGUAUUGCUUGGUGACCUAAACUGGGAUAUGCUUAACACCCUGGCCAUCCUACAAUCUAAACUAGAUGCCCUCAAUCUCACACAAAUUAUCAAGGAACCUACCAGGUACAACCCUAAAUCCAUUAACAUGGGCACCCUCAUAGAUAUCAUCCUGACUAAUUUACCCUCUAAAUACACCUCCGCUGUCUUCAACCAGGAUCUUAGCGAUCACUGCCUCAUUGCCUGUGUCCGUAAUGGGUCCGCGGUCAAACGACCACCCCUCAUCACUGUCAAACGCUCCCUAAAACACUUAAGCGAACAGGCCUUUCUAAUUGACCUGGCCCAGGUAUCCUGGUUGGAUAUUGACCUCAUUCCAUCAGUAGAGAAUGCCUGGUUGUUCUUUAAAAGUGCUUUCCUCCAUCUUAAAUAAGUAUGCCCCAUUCAAAAAAUUCAGAACUAAGAACAGAUAUAGCCCCUGGUUCACCCCAGACUUGACUGCCCUUGACCAGCACAAAAACAUCCUGUGGCGUACUGCAUUAGCAUUCAACAGCCCCCGCGAUAUGCAACGUUUCAGGGAAGUCAGGAACCUAUAUACACAAUCAGUUAGGAAAGCAAAGGCUAACUUUUUCAAACAGAAAUUUGCAUCCUGUAGCACUAACUCCAAAAGGUUUUGGGACACUGUAAAGUCCAUGGAGAAUAAGAGCACCUCCUCCCAGCUGCCCACUGCACUGAGGCUAGGAAACACUGUCACUACCGAUAAAUCUACGAUAAUCGAACAUUUCAACAAGCAUUUUGCUAGGGCUGGCCAUGCUUUCCACCUGGCUACCCCUACCCUGGCCACCAGCUCUGCACCCUCCGCUGCAACAUGCCCAUGCCCCCCCCCCGCUUCUCCUUCACCCAAAUUCAGAUAGCUGAUGUUCUGAAAGAGCUGCUAAAUCUGGACCCUACAAAUCAGCUGGGCUAGACAAUCUGGACCCUUUCUUUCUAAAAUUAGCCGCCGAAAUUGUCGCAACCCCUAUUACCAGCCUGUUCAACCUCUCUUUCGUAUAAUCUGAGAUCCCCAGAGAUUGGAAAGCUGCCGCUGUCAUCCCCCUCUUCAAAGGGGGUGACACUCUAGAUCUAAACUGUUACAGACCUAUAUCCAUCCUCCCCUACCUUUCGAAAGUAUUUGAAAGCAAAGUUAACAAACAGAUCACCGACCAUUUUGAAUCCCACCGUACCUUCUCCGCUAUGCAAUCUGGUUUCCGAGCUGGUCAUGGGUGUACCUCAGCCACGCUCAAGGUCCUAAACGAUAUAAUAACUACGAUCGAUAAAAGACAGUACUGUGCAGCCGUCUUCAUUGACCUGGCCAAGACUUUUGACUCUGUCAAUCACCGCAUUCUUAUUGGCAGACUAAAUAGCCUUGGUUUCUCAAAUGACUGCCUCGCCUGGUUCACCAACUACUUCUCAGAUAGAGUUCAAUGUGUCAAAUCGGAGGGCCUGUUGUCUGGACCACUGGCAGUCUCUAUGGGGGUGCCACAGGGUUCAAUUCUCGGGCCGACUCUAUUCUCUGUGUAUAUCAAUGAUGUCGCUCUUGCUCUGCUGGCAACUCUCAGAUCCACUUCUACGCAGCGACACCAUUGUGUAUACAUCUGGCCCUUCAUUGGACACGGUGUUAACAAACCUCCAAACAAGCUUCAAUGCCAUACAACACUCCUUCCGUGGCCUCCAACUGCUCUUAAACGCUAGUAAAACUAAAUGCAUGCUCUUCAAUCGAACGCUGCUUACACCCGCCUGCCCGACUAGAAUCACUACUCUCGGCGUGUCUGACUUAGAAUAUGUGGACAACUACAAAUACCUAGGUGUCUGGUUAGACCGUAAAUUCUCCUUCCAGACUCACACUAAGCAUCUCCAAUCCAAAGUUAAAUCUAGAAUCGGCUUCCUAUUUCGCAACAAAACCUCCUUCACUCAUGCUGCCAAACAUGCCCUCGUAAAACGGACUAUCCUACCGAUCCUUGACUUCGGCGAUGUCAUUUACAAAAUAGCUUCCAACACUCUACUCAGCAAAUUGGAUGUAGUCUAUCACAGUGCCAUCCGUUUUGUCACCAAAGCCCCAUAUACUACCCACCAUUGUGACCUGUACGCUCUCGUUGGCUGGCCCUCACUACAUAGUCGUCGCCAAACCCACUGGAUCCAGGUCAUCUAUAAAUCACUUCUAGGCAAAUCCCUGCCUUAUCUUAGCUCAUUGGUCACCAUAGCAACACCCACCCGUAGUAUCCGUUCCAGCAGGUAUAUCUCACUGGUCUUCCCCAAAGCCAACACCUCCUUUGGCCGCCAUUCCUUCCAGUUCUCUGCUGCAAAUGACUGGAACGAACUGCAAAAAUCUCUGAAGCUGGAAACACUUAUCUCCCUCACUAUCUUUAAGCAUCAGUUGUCAGAGCAGCUUACCGAUCACUGCACCUGUACACAGCCCAUCUGAAAUUAGCCCACCCAACUACCUCAUCCCCAUAUUGUUAUUUACAUUGUUAUUUUUUUUGCUCAUUUGCACCCCAGUUUCUCUAUUUGCACAUCAUCUUCUGCACAUCUAUCACUCCAGUGUUAAUACUAAAUUAUAAUUGUAAUUAUUUUGCACUAUGGCCUGUUUAUUGCCUUACCUCCAUAACUUACUACAUUUGCACACACUGUAUAUAGAUUUUCUAUUGUGUUAUUGACUGUAUGUUUUGUUAUUCCAUAUGUAACUCUGUGUUGUUGUUUUUACUGCACUGCUUUGCUUUAUCUUGGCCAGGUCGCAGUUGUAAAUUAGAACUCGUUCUCAACUGGCUUACCUGGUUAAAUAAAGGUGAAAUAAAAUACAAAAAAUAAAUUGAACCGACGUCGGUGCCUGGAGAAGUGGGUAUACUCAAAUUUUGUCAACAUUUUUCCAAAUGGUCUGCCCUGCGAAGGAAAGGUGCCCUGUGUGAAAAAUUCUAUGAGAAACAGUGACGCACUCUGAAUGACCUAAAAUUAUGAAUCCCAUAUUAGUCUUUCACAGUCAGGCCAAUCCAAGCUGUACUGUGCAGUAGGCUAAUAGUAGGCCUACAAUUGAAACAGAUAAACUGAGUCAUAAAUUCACAGGUUUCAGAUUUCACCCCAAUUUUUUCCAGGUUUUCGUUCUCAAAGUCACACCUUUGUUAACAGAAAAACAACAUUUUAUGCUCUAAGUCCGUAACGAUGAUUAAACCACAUCAGGAGACAACUUUUGAGGUCUGGGAAAGAUGCAAAAAAGUUAGAUUUUUGAGAGUACUUACCCUUUAAUUCAAGUGUGCAGGCACCUAAAGCUAUUGUUUGAUUAGUGUUGUUUCUGUAGCACAUGAGUUUGAAAAAGAAAUGGCCACUGGAUUGAAACAAAUAAUCAUGAUAUCAUUCUGACAGGUAGGCGUAGGCUAACUUGUAGCUAGUUAACAUUUAAUAGAGAAGGUUUUUGGGAAAGCCUUUCCAUCUGGUUAGGCCUAUCAUUAGCAUCUCUAUAUUUGUUCUGUUUCUUAAUUGUUUGAAACCUGGACGUUUUACUUCAUAUUAUGAGGCAUGUCUUACCUUGCUUCAAAGUAGCCUAUAGCCAAAAUCCCACCAAAGAAAUGUGAGUGCAUUGCUGCGCAUAAACUGUGAAGAAAUAAUAGUUUAUCAACAUUUUAACCUAAACAUUCCAUCAGCCCUAUUAAUUGAUACAGUGUUCUUUGAUAUGUAUCAGUGGGGAUUAAGAAGUGAGUAUGCGCAAUUGUCACGCUCGUUUACAGACGGGACGGACCAAGGCGCAGCGUGAUAUGCAUACAUGUUUAUUUAUACUGAAUAAACACCACAACAAACGAAACGUGAAGUCCAAGGUAGACAAACAACAUACCUCACACGGAACAAGAUCCCACAACCCACUAGUGCCAAUAGGCUGCCUAAGUAUGGUCCCCAAUCAGAGACAACGAGCUACAGCUGCCUCUGAUUGGGAACCACACCGGCCAACAUAGAUCUACACGAUCUAGAUCUAAACAUAGAAAAUGCAACAUAGAACAUACCACACAGAAAAUACACACCCUGACUCAACAAAUACGAGUCCCCAGAGUCAGGGCGUGACAGUACCCCCCCCCCCAAAGGUGCGGACUCCGACCGCAUAGCAUAAACAUAACAGGGUUGGGGCCGGGUGGGCGAUCCGGCUCAGGGCGUGACGACCACUUACUCUCCGCCUCCCUGUUGCGCCCCUGGUCUAGUCUGGACCUCGGCGCGCUGCUUCCCCUCUCCUUCCUCCCACGAAGUACCAAGCCCUGUCUGGACCCUGGUGUGGGAGACCCCGAACCUGGAGAGGGGCUGACGUCUGGGUCUGGACUGGAGCCGCUGACCGGAGCUGGACCGGGCACCGGUGGAGCGGACUGGUCUGGCUCCGGAGUGGAGCAGCUGACCGGAGCUGGAUCAGGCACCGGUGGAGCGGACUGCUCUGGCUCCGGAGUGGAGCAGCUGACCGGAGCUGGACUAGGCACCGGUGGAGCGGACUGCUCUGGCUCUGGAGUGGAGCCGCUGACCGGAGCUGGACCCCGGUGAAGCGGAUUGCUCUGGCUCCGGAGUGGAGCAGCUGACCGGAGCUGAACUGGGCACCGGUGGAGCAGACUGCUCUGGCUCCGGAGUGGAGCAGCUGACCGUUGCCGGACCAGGCACCGGUAAAACAGGCACGGGCCGUGCCGGACUGGACACACGCACCACUGGCUUGGUGCGGGGAGCAGGAACGGGCUGGCGACGCGCACCACUGACUUGGUGCAGGGAGCAGGGACGGGCCGUACCGGCCUGGCUACGCGCACCACUGGCCUGGUGCGGGGAACAGGCCGGGCCGGGCUGGCGACGCGCACCACUGGCUUGGUGCGAGGGACAGGAACAGGCCGGGCCGGCCUGGCGACACGCACCACUGGCUUGGUGCGAGGGACAGGCCGGACCGGGCUGGCGACGCGCACCACUGGCUUGGUGUGAGGGACAGGAACGGGUCGGGCCGUACUGGGAACACGCACCACUGGCUUAGUGCGGGAAGCAGGAACGGGCCGGACCGGACUGGCGACACGCACCACUUGCUUGGUGCGAGGAGCGGGACUGGGUUCCUUUAUUAACCCCCGCUCCUUCUGCUGCCUAACCAGCUCCUCUCGCCGUGCCUCUACACUUUCCUUCUCCCUUAUAGCCUCCUGUAGCGCCUCCCUCUGACCGAAUAACUCCUGCUCCCUCUGAACCAAUAGCCCCCGUAACAUGGUGGCCUCCUCUCCUAACCUGCAGAUCCGCCCUUUAACGGCCUCCUGCUGCCUCGUCGUCCACACCGUGUGCCCCCCCAAAAAAUGUUCAUGGGGUUGCCUCUCGGGUCUCCGUCGUCGGCACUGUUGGUGCCGUUUCUCCUCUCCUACCUGGGCAUCCUCCUUCAUCGCCUUCCGGUAACGGACGGCCUCCUCCUCCGUAAUUCUCCCCCAACCGAGGAGGACAUCUACUAAUGUAACCUCCUGUUGAAUUCCCGGCGUUUGCUCCUGAACACGCUGCUUGGUCCUCGUUUGGUGGGAUCUUCUGUCACGCUCGUUUACAGACGGGACGGACCAAGGCACAGCGUGAUAUGCAUACAUGUUUAUUUAUACUGAAUAAACAACACGACAAAACAACAAAUGAAACGAAACGUGAAGUCCAAGGUAGACAAACAACAUACCUCACACGGAACAAGAUCCCACAACCCACUAGUGCCAAUAGGCUGCCUAAGUAUGGUCCCCAAUCAGAGACAACGAGCUACAGCUGCCUCUGAUUGGGAACCACACCGGCCAACAUAGAUCUACACGAUCUAGAUCUAAACAUAGAAAAUGCAACAUAGAACAUACCACACAGAAAAUACACACCCUGACUCAACAAAUACGAGUCCCCAGAGUCAGGGCGUGACAGCAAUGCCCACUGAAAAAUAAGUAGGUACAGUGGCGUGUAUUCAUGGAUGCCAAGGGAAGCCAGGCUUCCACAAAAAAUGGACAAAUAAAAAACGUUAAAUAUUUUAUAUUUCGUCUCUCUGUGUUUCAUAAUUUUCUUUCAAUUCGCAGGAGGCUGAAUAUAUCUCACAGGAGAAAGCAUCCAAGCGAGCGAAACAGCGCCCCCCUGUCUCUCUACGUGUAGGCCAUCUAUCUGAUGCUGUCUGGUCCAAACAAGGAUUACAUUGUUGCUGCACGUAGCAUUGAAGGCAAGGGAAACCGGCGAGCAUCUGGCCUCCCUUGACAAAAAAAGUAUAACAAAUGUGCCAAUCAACUCAACUGUGAAUGGUCCUGGCGCACCAAAAAAAAAAGUGUCAAGGGAAGCAAACUUGAAUUUUGUUGUCACUCCUGUCAAAUGCGAUUGAGAGCAUACAUCAUUGACAGAACAACUUGAAUUGUUGCAUCUCGUUGUGUUGUUGUCCUCUGGUGGCUAGCUAGCUAGCUAGCUAAAAUUGGCCCUUUCCUAAAUUAGCCAUGGAUAGAGAUAGGGAUUUGAACUUAUGGUUUUACUUAAUUCUCUGUACUGGCCAAUGAUUAUAAUGGCGAUUAGGAUCCAACCAUCAGAAUCAGCUUGGCUUCACCAGUGAUUUUACCCAUGCUACUGAGAGGGUAUACGGCAUAUACCUGCUGCGUAUACCCUCCACUACACACAUCUUAAUAACCAAACCCUCCCAAAAUGUAGGUUAAUCACUCAGCACUACUGUUUUCUCAAUGAAAUUCAAUUCUGCAUAAAAAAAGGAGCAAGUUUUUAAGUUUGUUCCAACGGAGCGAGUCUGACCACAAGUCAGAGACCACUAUGAUGACACACACGAUUCGCUUGAUGGAUCCUUUUUGUCUUCUUCUAAUGCCUCUUAAGGGGAAAGUAAUCCAAAAGUAACUGAAAGUAACCAGUUUAUGUUGCUGAGUUUGGGUAAUCCAAAAGUUACAUUACUGAUUACAAUUUGACAGGUAAAUAGUAACGGUAACGGAUUACAUUUAGAAAGUAACCUACGCAACCCUGAUAGAGUAGGCCUACAGUGCAUUCGAAAAGUAUUCAGACCCGUUCACUUUUUCCACAUUUUGUUACGUUACAGCCUUAUUCUAAAAUUGAUUAAAUAGUUUUUUUCCCUCAUCAAUCUACACAUAAUACCCCAUAAUGACAAAGCAAAAACAGGUUUUUAGACAUUUUUGCACGGAAAUAUCACAUUUACAUACAGUGGGGAGAACAAGUAUUUGAUACACUGCCGAUUUUGCAGGUUUUCCUACUUACAAAGCAUGUAGAGGUCUGUCAUUUUUAUCAUAGGUACACUUCAACUGCGAGAGACGGAAUCUAAAACAAAAAUCCAGAAAAUCACAUUGUAUGAUUUUUAAGUAAUUAAUUUGCAUUUUAUUGCAUGACAUAAGUAUUUGAUCACCUACCAACCAGUAAGAAUUCCGGCUCUCACAGACCUGUUAGUUUUUCUUUAAGAAGCCCUCCUGUUCUCCACUCAUUACCUGUAUUAACUGCACCUGUUUGAACUCGUUACCUGUAUAAAAGACACCUGUCCACACACUCAAUCAAACAGACUCCAACCUCUCCACAAUGGCCAAGACCAGAGCGCUGUGUAAGGACAUCAGGGAUAAAAUUGUAGACCUGCACAAGGCUGGGAUGGGCUACAGGACAAUAGGCAAGCAGCUUGGUGAGAAGGCAACAACUGUUGGCGCAAUUAUUAGAAAAUGGAAGAAGUUCAAGAUGACGGUCAAUCACCCUCGAUCUGGGGCUCCAUGCAAGAUCUCACCUCGUGGGGCAUCAAUGAUCAUGAGGAAGGUGAGGGAUCAGCCCAGAACUACACGGCAGGACCUGGUCAAUGACCUGAAGAGAGCUGGGACCACAGUCUCAAAGAAAACCAUUAGUAACACACUACGCCGUCAUGGAUUAAAAUCCUGCAGCGCACGCAAGGUCCCCCUGCUCAAGCCAGCGAUGUCCAGGCCCGUCUGAAAUUUGCCAAUGACCAUCUGGAUGAUCCAGAGGAGGAAUGGGAGAAGGUCAUGUGGUCUGAUGAGACAAAAAUAGAGCUUUUUGGUCUAAACUCCACUCGCCGUGUUUGGAGGAAGAAGAAGGAUGAGUACAACCCCAAGAACACCAUCCCAACCGUGAAGCAUGGAGGUGGAAACAUCUUUCUUUGGGGAUGCUUUUCUGCAAAGGGGACGACUGCACCGUAUUGAGGGGAGGAUGGAUGGGGCCAUGUAUCGCGAGAUCUUGGCCAACAACAUCCUUCCCUUAGUAAGAGCAUUGAAGAUGGGUCGUGGCUGGGUCUUCCAGCAUGACAACAACCCGAAACACACAGCCAGGGCAACUAAGGAGUGGCUCCGUAAGAAGCAUCUCAAGGUCCUGGAGUGGCCUAGCCAGUCUCCAGACCUGAACCCAAUAGAAAGGAUCUGGAGAAGGUCUGUAUGGAGGAGUGGGCCAAAAUCCCUGCUGCAGUGUGUGCAAACCUGGUCAAAACCUACAGGAAACGUAUGAUCUCUGUAAUUGCAAACAAAGGUUUCUGUACCAAAUAUUAAGUUCUGCAUUUCUGAUAUAUCAAAUACUUAUGUCAUGCAAUAAAAUGCAAAUUAAUUACUUAAAAAUCAUACAAUGUGAUUUUCUGGAUUUUUGUUUUAGAUUCCGUCUCUCACAGUUGAAGUGUACCUAUGAUAGAAAUUACAGACCUCUACAUGCUUUGUAAGCAGGAAAACCUGCAAAAUCGGCAGUGUAUCAAAUACUUGUUCUCCCCACUGUAAGUAAUUCAGACCCUUUACUCAGUACUUUGUUGAUGCACCUUUGGCAACGAUUACAGCCUUGAGUCUUCUUGGGUAUGACGCUACAAGCUUGGCACACCUGUAUUUGGGGAGUUUCUCCAAUUCUUCUCUGCAGAUCCUCUCAAACUCUGUCAGGUUGGAUGCACAGCUAUUUUCAGGUCUCUCCAGAGAUGUUCAGUUGGGUUCAAGUCCGGGCUCUGGCUUGUGCCGAAGCCUCUCCUGUGUUGUCUUGGUUGUGUGCUUAGGGUUGUUGUCCUGUUGGAAGGUUAACCUUCGCCCCAGUCUGAGGUCCUGAGCGCUCUGGAGCAGGUUUUCAUCAAGGUUUUCAUCUCUCUGUACUGUACUCCGUUAAUCUUUCCCUCAAUCCUGACUAGUCUCCCAGUCCAUGCCGCUGAAAAACAUCCCCACAGCAUGAUGCUGCCACCACCAUGCUUCACCGUAGGGAUGGUAUUGGCCAGGUGAUGAGCGGUGCCUUGUUUUCUCCAGACGUGACGCUUUGUAUUCAGGCCAAAGAGUUCAAUCUUGGUUUCAUCAGACCAGAGUAUCUUGUUUUUCAUGGUCUGAGAGUCCUUUAGGUGCCUUUAGGCAAACUCCAAGCGGGCUGUCAUGUGCCUUUAACUGAGGAGUGGCUUCCAUCUAGCCACUCUACCAUAAAGGCCUGAUUAGUGGAGUGCUGCAGAGAUGGUUGUCCUUCUGGAAGGUUCUCCCAUCUCCCCAGAGGAACUCUGGAGCUCUGUCAGAGUGACCAUCGGGUUCUUGGUCAACUCCCUGACCAAGGCCCUUCACCGAUUGCUUAGUUUGGCCGGGCGGCCAGCUCUAGGAAGAGUCUUGGUGGUUCCAAACUUCUUCCAUUUAAGAAUGAUGGAGGCCACUGUGAUUUGUUUUGGUACCCUUCCCCAGAUCGGUGCCUCGACACAAUCCUGUCUCAGAGCUCUACGGACAAUUCCUUCGACCUCAUGGCUUGAAUGUGUAAAAAGUUAAGGGGUCUGAAUACUUUCCGAAUGCACUAUAUGCGCAGAUAAUCAUUGCAGAUAGGCUAUUUUAUCUCAAUCUAUACAAUACUCAAAUUGAGCGUGCCGUUGUUUUCAGUUUUGUCUUUGUAAGCAAAGACAACAAUAUCCUUAUUCAGUUGAUCCUCAUCCUAUUUAGGGAGCUAAUCUCAUUAACUGCUAGAUAUUUGUGGAAUGUCACUCCUUCAAUCUUUUGUUAUGCAAUCAAAUAUUAUAGGCCACUGGCAACUUGGUAAUAGUUUGCCUUUCAUUUGCGUUUAGCCUCAUUGUGUGCAUUGUCACACCUGUAGUUUUUUUUAUGCAACCUUCCUUAUGUGGCUUGCAAUAAUUGAGUAACAUUUGAGAUCAUGUCAAUUUGACUUGAAGAGCUAUCCUCCCUCUUAUCUGCAACGAUGUGAGAGAUCUGGUCAGGGGAAAGCUCAUUCCUGGUGUGCAUCCAUCCACCAUUGUUUUCACCUCUUCAGUGACUGAAACAAGUGUAAAUGAAGAGGAGACAAAAUGAAGCCACUACAGACUUAAGAUGUACAGUAACAUGAACCUGAACAUUGUGUAGCCAGUACAGGACACUCUCUCAGUGAAUUAAUAACCACAUUGUGUGGAGGGGAGCACUACAGUCUACCAGUGAAUGUUUCUCUCCACAGGUAAAGCAUUUGAGAGCACAGGACUAGGUAGGUAGUGUCUAUUUUGUAUUGCCUGUAAAGGUCAUGGUGACAGGCUGGUAGUGAGGUCUCAACCCUUGUCACAGGCUUUCACCUUGUGAGCGAAGCCUGGGAGCUGAGGCUAGUGGUCAUCUGACACCAUGGAGAGACAGUCAUGGAGGGUGAAUUAUUCACAAGUCCACCAGAGCAGAGCUGAGUAGCAUCUCUCUCUGGGGCUAUCUCUCUUACACACAAGCUUUCUCUCUUUUCUAUCUGCACACCCAUUACAUGUGUAUGAUGGUUCACGACAGGCUUUGCAACUUGAUGCUAUACGAUGCAUGCAAGAGGAGAUAGAUAUCAGUGCCUCCAACUGCCUCCCCCUUUCUCAUUCCUGUCCCAGCGUCUCCCCUUCUCCUCGGUCUCUACUCUAACCUGUGUUAUUCUCCCUGUUUGUAUCACCCUCAGCUCCAGACCUUCAACACUGCAGCACCAUGUAUGACUGUAGAGGAGCUGACCACUGGAGCUGCCAUUUCUCAGGCCCUGCAUCAGAUGUGAGGCACAAACACACACAUACAUACACACAUCACAGUGUAUGUCCAGGCUGCAGAGACAUUAUUCAUUUAUACUGAUGGUCUUACCCUGGCUGAACAUUUAACACACUGGAGUCGGGUCUAACCCCAGUCAGAUUUUGGGGUUGGAUAUUUUCUGAUUUGAAUAUGGUUGUUCAGUAGACAUUUUUUGUCCAAUGCUUAUGCAUGUGUGUGUGUUGUGCCAAGCAGAGAUCCAGCGUGGUUCAGUGAGAGUUGGCUUGGUCGCAUUAAAGAAGAUGUUGGAGAUAACUGGAGACUCAAGGUGCUGAACUGCACAUCCCUCUUUCUCUCUGUACUUCCAUCCCUAAUUCCCUUGCUAUCCUUCCUUCCUUCCUCCCUCCCUCCCUCCCUCCUUCCCCCCUCCCUCCCUCCCUCCUUGUUUUCCUCCCCCCCUCCUUGUUUUCCUCCCCUACUGACCUAAAAGCCAGAGUGAUUGCUCUCUGCUGGCCCUGUUAGUAUUUUAGCCAGCCAUUAGCCUGUCAGAUAUAUCCUCCCCAGAUCAGAGAAGACUCACUCUAAAUGUUUCCAUAACUCACUGUGAGGAGUUUCUUUGAGGUGUACACUUUGUUUAUGUAGAGUGAUGAGUGUGUAACUUCUUUCUCCAGAUGAAUAACCUGAAGAAGAUCCUUCAGAUGAUGGUGGAUUACUACAAUGAGGUCAGUAGAAGCGCUGACUUAUAACCCUUUAUUACAUUACAUUUUAGUCAUUUAGCAGACGCUCUUAUCCAGAGCGACUUACAGUUAGUGAAUACAUAUAUAUAUUUUUUAUACUGGCCCCCCGUGGGAAUCGAACCCACAACCCUGGCGUUGCAAACGCCAUGCUCUAUCAACUGAGCUACAUCCCUGCCGGCCAUUCCCUCCCCUACCCUGGACGACGCUGGGCCAAUUGUGCGCCGCCCAUGAGUCUCCCGGUCGCGGCCGGCUGCGACAGAGUGGCACAGUUAGCACUGCGAUGCGGCGCCUUAGACCACUGCGCCACUCAGGACCUUUAUGUCUGGUUCUAUUCUCUCUCUAUGUCACCAGGUCCUGAGCCAGCAGAUCUCAGACUUCUCCCUCCCAGACCUGGUCCAGGUUACUGUUUAAUGUCUAGUUAUAACUGUUCUAUUCUCUGUCUAUGUUACUAGGUCCUGAGCCAGCAGAUACAGGAGUUUCCCCUGCCAGACCUGGUGAAGGUGGCAGAACACUCAGACCCUGUAGAACUGGGACGACUGCUGCAGCUCACACUGGGCUGUGCUGUGAAAUGUGAACGCAAACAAGGUAUUACGCUUGCACACACACACACACACACACAUACGGUGCAGUCACAGAGGCUGAACUAAAAUAGUUUAACAACACUAUAUUGUUGCUUUGUCAAGAAAGUGACAAAGGAGUCUGCUAAAUCUGAAACAGACUGGCACCCAAAACAGAAUAUCUCUCUCUGUCUCUCUCUGUCUCUCUCUGUCUGUCCAGAGUACAUCCAGAUCAUCAUGACACUAGAGGAGUUCGUACAGCAUGUGGUGAUGACAGCCAUUCAGGAGGUAAGGCUUGGAAUGACCAGGGCCAUUCUCUCUGAUUGAUUUCAAAUAGUUUGUCAUGUACGGUAGGAUAUUAGAAUUGCCCAUUUGUGUUAAAAAAGCCAGUUACCAAUACUGUGAUGUAAAGUACAUGCCAUGACAUCUCUUUCGGUUUAGAAAGUCAUUUUAGACCACCUGUGGUGUGUGAAUGAGUAGGAUUGAAGUUGUCUCUAAACAAACCUGUACCAUGUCGCUCUCUCUCUGUUAGCUGAUGAGUAACGAGAACAUGGCCCAGUUUGGAGCAGAGCCACCGGGGGAUGUAGAAUCACAGGUGAGAGGAGGAGAUCCACUGUGUUUGGCCUCUAAUAGUCUAUAUUAUUGUUGCUGACUGUGCAUGUCUGUCUAUAGUUGACACUGGAGGACCUGGAACAAGAGGUGAGAGGAGAUCCACUGUGCUAGACAUCUGAUAGAAUGCUAUUGUCUGUAUUAUAGUUGUUAUUGUUUGUGUGUCUCUCUAUAGUUGACUGCUUGUCUUAGACUCUUUAGUUAGUACUGUGAUAUUGCUCGUCUCUCCUUGGACCUGCUGAAGUAGGCUGUAUAGAAGCUAGCUGUAUUGUUAAGUGUGUGUGUGUAUCUAGUUGAAGAAGGCUCUCGAGGACCUGGCAGAUCUGAUGGCAGAAAAGGAGGUGCUAGCCCAGCGCUGUCAGGAGCUCGACGUACAGGUACACACACAUUUUAAAUACUUUAUUUGAAUCAACAAAUAAGAUUAGCUCAUAAAGAAUUCAUACAUUUCAAAGGUUGUUUAUGCAAGGACACUUAAGGAAACAAAAGCACCUUCUCCUCCACACAGCUAGGCUGCCCAUAACGGCAAGCCUGCAAUCUGAAGGCCACAUACCGUAAGCCGAGGCUGCCAAAUAUCAAUGACACACACACACACACACAACCCUGGUACUGUAUAAACUGGGUCUGUGUUAUGUGCAGUGAUGCCAGAGGCAAUUGUCUGUGGCUGGUGUAGCAGAAGGGCUGUGGUCUUACAGGCUAGGCCUCUCUGCUCUCCCCCUACCUGCUCUCUCUGCCAUACCCUGCUCUGCCUGGCUGGGGAAAACAUAGUACAGGACAAAAUUCUGCUGCUGGUUACUGAUUAGGUCAAGUCCAUGUUGUAUGGGCCUCUCUUCUCGUGUCUCCAGAUUGAGUUGUUACAGUAGAUCACCAGUGUCUCUCUUCAAGGACACACAGAGGUAAGUCAACAUGGCUGCUUGUCGUCAAGGCGGACUAAAAACAUCUAACGGCUGAUUGCAGAGGCGGAUUAAAACAUCUAUACCCUCUCUUGCUCUCUGUCGCUAACACGUAUCACUAACCUAAACUACGCGUGUGUUAAUUUGUAGUGUUUGGGAACAGGUGGAGCGAAGACGCUGAAUUGAAUUAUGUUUUUCUUUAUGCACACACACACACAUAAAGCUUAUAUUCCCAAGGAUUGUCCCUGACAUAAAGCAUGACUAAUGAACAGAGGAGCGUGUGUGUGUAAGGGAGAUAAACUAACCAGCCUUUCAACCUAUUCAUUAACAUGUUGAUGUUGUUGAAGGUGCUAUGUGGCUUCACUGCACUGUACUAUAAUUUCAGGGUGUAAUAAUGAUGCUUUGUUUGUUGAACAGUUGGUGAGAACGGGUCUUUCCCACUGGAGAUUAAUUUACACUUAUCACAUCAUCUCUCAAAGACUCUUCUAGUUACCUUUCUCCCCAUUCUUCAGGCAUCUGUGACCAUUUAUGUGGUUCUGCCGUAUUGGAUGAACUUGUAAAAAAUGGUGGUUUGAUAGUUAUGUUCGCGCAACUAAUUCAUAUUUUGGGAUUGAGACACAGCAGACCUUUGACCCUGGUCAGGUGACGGUCCUUCAGGAGGAGCGGAACAGCCUAUUGGCUGAGAACGACGCGCUGACGGGCCGAGCCAAUCAGCUGGACUCGUUUGAUGACCCGAGUACGCCCUCUGGACGGAAACACAGCCAGCUACAGAUACAGCUAGAGACACUACAGGAGGAGAACUUCAGGUGUGUGUGUGUCAUGUGUCAGUGAAAACACAUCGCACUGGAACGACGCUUAGAGUUAUUCAACACAGCACUUACAGAUUUCUCUCUCUCUCCCUCUGUGUGUGUGUGUGUGUGUAGGCUAGAGGCAGCUAAGGAUGACUACCGUAUCCACUGUGAGGAGUUGGAGAAGCAGCUGAUCGAGGUUCAGCAUCGUAACGACGAACUAACCAGCCUGGCCGAGGAGUCACGAGUACUUAAAGACGAACUCGAUAUCCUCAGGUGUGUUUGGUGGUGUUCUAGGUCCUUUAUUGCAGUUGUAAUCAUCAGAUCUUCUGUGACGUGCAUCACGUCCUGGAAUAUGUAUAAAUGGGAGUGGGAGAGAGGAAGUGGUCAGUUUGAAGCAAGGGUAGACCAGUAAGAAUGUGCUGUUUAGGUCCUUGCUUUAAUCUAUUUGCCUGCUUUAUUUAUUUAUCUUUAUAAAUUCAAUUAAAUGCAAUAAAUUAUCAAUUUUGUGGUGUGUGUGUGUGUGUGUGUGUGUGUUUAGGAGCUGUUCGGACCGUGCUGUGAAGCUGGAGGCGUCAGUAGAGACAUACAGGCGUAAACUGGAGGACCUGGGAGAUCUGAGGAGACAAGUCAAACUGCUGGAGGAGAAGAACAUGACCUACAUGCACAACACUGUCGAUCUGGAGGAGGAGCUAUGUAAGGAUAACGCUGCCCGCACACAGCCAGAGACAUACAAGAGACAGGUGAGACAUGUACUAGACAAGAUCAUUCCUAAAGUUGUCCCCUCCCUUCUGCUCUAUGGGUCUGACAGAACUGGGUUGGGGAAAGCAAUAUGCCGGAACUCUGUGAAGCUUUUGCCCUCACCUAACAAGUCGUCUCUGAGGAGACAUCAUUUUGGAGUGACAAACAGCCAAUCAGGGGGCUUACUUAAUCUACAUCCUGUUUCCUGCCAGGUCCAGGAGCUGCACCGGAAGUUGUCAGAGGAGUCUCGGCGGUCAGACAACCUGGCAUACGAAAAGAAGAAGUUUGAAGAGAAACACGAUGCCGUGAUGAAGGAGAAAGAGGUAUGGACUGGAUCCCAACACUUUCUACUCCAACCUACCUGGUCCCCCUGACAUGCAAACACAUUAGGGGGAGGAACUAAGGAAUGUUUUAGGCAAUAGUCUAAUGCUAUUGGCUUAUCUCCUCCUCUAUCUCCUGAUGAUGAUGUCAUCAGAGGAUCAUCAUCGAGCGAGACUCUCUGAAGAAGACCAAUGAGGAGCUGCGAUGUAACCAGGCUCAACAGGACCAGCUCCUACAAGCAGGUAGCUCAUUGGACCAUCACAUUGACAAUGUAGACUGACUGGUGCUGCAUAUGAUUGGAAAGCAGAUUUAAUGUAGUUGAGGUUUGGUUUCCUUUGAUAAACAGUGUUGGCGUGUUUGACAUUGCCGCCGACUUUACAGCCGAGUCAAGACAAACCACCAUGCAUCAUAAAUAACUACUCAGUGUUAUUUUUAGAUCAGUCAGUCACAAUAUACCCAUGAUUCAGCACGGUUUCGAACACGGCCUGUGUCUCUCUGAAGCUUACAGAUACACAUGGUUACUGAUCUCCUCUCUGUUUGUCCACAGGGAUGGCAGGGAUGCCAGCUGGCAGUCCAAGCCAUGAUAACCUUGCUGCUGAGAUCCUACCUGUAGAGUACAGGUAAUAAUUUAAUAAUUGUGUUUUGUGUGUGAGACACUGACUGCGCUAACUGUGUGUGUCCUUGUCCGUACAGGGAGAAGUUUAUCCGGCUCCAGCAUGAGAAUAAGAUAUUGCGUGUGCAGCAGGAGGGAUCAGAGAAUGAGAAGAUCUCUGAACUACAGAUACUGCUAGAGGUGGCACACAGAACCCGCUCCGAACUGGACACUGAGAACAGGUAAGCUGUGUGUGUGUUUUUUACUCCCUGUUUGACUGUGAUGUACUUCCUGUGUGUCUGAUGUACUUCCAGGUUAAGCAGGAAGAGGGUCACUGAGCUGCAGCAGCAGGUAGAGGAUCUACAGAAAACCCUACAGGGCCAGGGAGCCAAGACUGAUGACGUGAGUUCUGCACUAUAGUAUACACACUAUACACAUGAUGAUACUACACAGCUACGGAAAGCCCUACAUUGCCAGGGAACAAGACUGACAACAUGAGUGCAACCAGACAUAUAACCUUACAGUAUACUGCUAUAUCAAACAUUAACCCUAAAUACUGCAUAAUACUGCCUCUCAUAUGUACAGUAGCAGCUGUGAGGUAACAGUAGCUGUGUGUUACAGCUACUGUUACAACUGCUCUUUAUUUGCAGUCUCACCUGAAGAGGAAACUGGAUGCUCAUAUGUAAGUAUGGUCCAUACUGCUUUGUGAGACCUUUAUGGCUGCAUUUACACAGGCAUCCCAAUUCUGAUCUUUUGUUCACUAAUUGAUAUUUUGACCAAUCAGAUCUGAAAAAGAUCUGGUGUGAAAAGAUCUGAUGUGAUUGGUCAAAAUUAGUGGGAAAAUGAUCAGAAUUGGGGUGCAUGUAUAAAUGCAGCCAUAGUUCCUUCUGUCAGAUAAAUUUGUAAAGUAAGGUGUUUUAUUACCUAGGGUGUAACUGAACGAGGCGCAGGAUGAGAUCAUGAAGAAGAAAGAACUCCUAGAGGACUUGCAGCCAGACAACACACAGACCUGUGAGUACAACUGUAACACAACCAUAACACGACCACAACACUGGCGGUAUAGUUCUCAGAGUAACCCCAGUGAGUGUUGUUUGUCUGUCCCUUAGCUCUGAGACUGGAUGAGCUGAUGGCUGCUCUGAAGAAGAAGGAUGAUGACAUGAGAGCCAUGGAGGAGAGAUACAAGAUGUACCUGGAGAAAGCACGCAAUGUGAGUCAUCAUUCCUUAAUCAUUCAUUCUUCUCACAUCCAACUAGACACAAGCCUACCAGACGAGCUAAACCACUUCUAUGCUCGCUUCGAGGCAAGCAACACUGAAGCAUGCAUAAGAGUACCAGCUGUUCCGGAUGACUAUGUGAUCACGCUCUCCGUAGCCAUUGUGAGUAAGAAUUUUAAGCAGGUCAACAUUCACAAGGCCGCAGGGCCAGACGGAUUACCAGGACGUGUACUCUGAGCAUGUGCUGACUAACUGGCAAGUGUCUUCACUGACAUUUUCAACAUGUCCCUGACUGAGUCUGUAAUACCAACAUGUUUCAAGCAGACCACCAUAGUCCCCGUGCCCAAGGACACUAAGAUAACCUGCCUAAAUGACUACCGACCCGUAGCACUGACGUCUGUAGCCAUGAAGUGCUUUGAACCGCCCCAACAGAUCUACAGAUGAUGCAAUCUCUAUUGCACUCCACACUGCCCUUUCCCACCUUGACAAGAGGAACACCUACGUGAGAAUGCUAUUCAUUGACUACAGCUCAGCGUUCAACACCAUAGUGCCCUCAAAGCUCAUCACUAAGCUAAGGAUCCUGGGACUAAACACCUCCCUCUGCAUCUGGAUCCUGGACUUCCUGACGGGCCGCCCCCAGGUGGUAAGGGUAGGUAACAACACAUCUGCCACGCUAAUCCUCAACACAGGGGCCCCUCAGGGGUGCGUGCUCAGUCCCCUCCUGUACUCCCUGUUCACCCAUGACUGCAUGGCCAGGCACGACUCCAACACCAUCGUUAAGUUUGCCGACGAUACAACAGUGGUAGGCCUGAUCACCGACAACGAUGAGACAGCCUAUAGGGAGGAGGUCAGAGACCUGGCCGUGUGGUGCCAGGAUAACAACCUCUCUCUCAACGUGACCAAGACAAAGGAGAUGAUUGUGGACUACAGGAAAAAAAAAAGAGGACUGAGCACGCCCCCAUUCUCUGUAGUGGAACAGGUUGAGAGCUUCAGGUUCCUUGGUGUCCACAUCACCAACGAACUAUCAUGGUCCAAACACACCAAGACAGUCGUGAAGAGGGCACGACAAAGCCUAUUCCCCCUCAGGAGACUGAAAAGAUUUGGCAUGGGUCCUCAGAUCCUCAAAAAGUUCUACAGCUGCACCAUCGAGAGCAUCCUGACUGGUUGCAUCACCGCCUGGUAUGGCAAUUGCUCGGCCUCUGACCGCAAGGCACUACAGAGGGUAGUGCGUACGGCCCAGUAUAUCACUGGGGCCAAGUUUCCUGCCAUCCAGGACCUCUAUACCAGGCGGUGUCAGAGGAAGGCCCUCAAAAUUGUGAAAGACUCCAGCCACCCUAGUCAUAGACUGUUCGCUCUGCUACCGCACGGCAAGCGGUACCGGAGCGACAAGUCUAGGUCCAAAAGGCUUCUCAACAGCUUCUACCCCCAAGCCAUAAGACUCCUGAACAGCUAAUCAUGGCUACCCGGAUCCCCACCCCAUCUUUUUACGCUGCUGCUACUCUGUUAAUUAUUUAUGCAUAGUCACUUUAACUCUACCCACAUGUACAUAUUACCUCAACUAGCCGGUGCCCCCGCACAUUGACUCUGCACCGGUACCCCCCUGUAUAUAGCCUCCCUACUGUUAUUCUAUUUAACUUCUGCUCUUUUUUUCUCAACACUUUUUUGUUGUUGUUGUUUUAUUUUACUUUUUUAUAAAAAAAUAAAUGCAUUGUUGGUUAAGGGCUGUAAUUAAGCAUUUCACGGUAAUGUCUUCACCUGUUGUAUUCGGCGCAUGUGGCAAAUAAAAUUUGAUUGGAUUUGAUUUGAAAAAGUGAUUUCUGAUGAAGCCCUCUCUCUCUGUCUCGGUACUGUAGGUGAUCCGUGCAUUGGACCCCAAGCUGAACCUAGCCACAGCAGAGAUCCAGGCUCUAAAGAACCAGCUGACGGACAGAGACGAGGAUCCUCAGCCUGGAGUUAACAAUUACCUUUAACCCAUGGCCCUGACCUUUGGCCUCUAACCAUAACCAUCAGCCAGGAGACACUCAUUCACAUAGGGAUCCAUAGUACUCAUCUCACAAUGCACUCUCGACCUCUGGUAUUGAUAGUUUCUCUCGCUCUCUCUGUGUCUCUCUCUGUAGAGGGAGUGUGAGCAGGCAAAGCUGAAGGUGUAUGAAGAGAAGCUGAUUGUUACAGCAUGGUACAACAAGGUUAGAACAUUUUAGACCUCGUAUUUCCUUUGAAAAUAAAUUACAGGAAUGUACAGUUUACAAAUGUUACUUAUGCAGAGCUUUUGUUCCAACUCAAAUAAACAUUCCUGCUGUCUGUAUUCCGCCCCCUCCAGAGUCUGAGCUUCCAGAAGCUGGCGAUCAAGGCCCGUCUGGGGGGUCGCUCCACCUCCAUGGUGCCCCCUGCCCAGUCCUUCCUGACCCAGCAGCACCAGGUCACCAACGCCACUCGCAGGACCCUCUCUGUCAGCAUGCCUGCCACCACCACUAAGUAG